GUUAGUAGGCACCCCAGAUGAACUACAGUGCAAUUACUCGCUAAAAGACGCUCAGACAUAAACGAAAACCGAAAAAAUAGGUUCGAGCUACACCGUCGGCCUGAGCAACACCUACGACUCGGUAAACCCACAGGACGUGGCUGGUAAACGGACCCGGAACGUCAUCAAGACCUUCGUGACCAGCCAUGAUGCAAGAACACUAUCGACCGACACAUUUACAGACGUCUACCUCACGGAAACGAAGAAAAUCAGGGCGAACGUCAUUGGAAUAUGCGAGACGUGA